AUGGCCGGGGCCACGCUAGUUAUAAAAAUUACUUAUCAACGGCAGGAAGAAAUUGCUCUCUUAUCAAUUCCUCCCCCUGCCACCGACAGUCUCAGCUCUGGUAGACGGCAACACUUGCAGCAGGAAUAUUUCCAAGGCAACAGAAGAAGGCAACUUCUAGGGAGGGAAUCAAAGGAAGGCAAUUCAACGUCAAAAGUCGUCAAAAAGUCAGACAACGAGGCGGUGAGUGCUGGUAGUGGUGAUUCAGCGGCGGUUGUUGAUCGGAAGAGCUCUGAGGGUGAGUUCGAUCCAAUUAGCAAUAAGGACGGCGACGACGGUGAUUUUUCUCCGCCAGUAAAGGCUCUAAAAGCUAUGAAUCCGCGAAUCAACUAA